AUGAACCAGGAUACCAUUUUGGCAAAGCUGAAAAAGGAUGUUCGCUCUUUGCUCAUUUCCUCUAAAGUGGAUUUGGACCCUGACCAAUUAAGAAAGGACUACCGAACUAUGGUGGGCCAUCCUCUGCCACUGAAACUCCUGGGCUUCAGAAAUGUCAUGGAUAUGGUACAGGAGAUGCCUGAUGUGGUGUCUGUUAAUUUCAAAGAAGAUGGGAGUAUAUUACUGAAGGCUGUUAGCCAUGAGUCUACACUAAACAUUGAGGAGCUGGUAGCUAAGCAGCGCAUUUCUACUGCAGACAAGAAAAGAAAAGAUCAUCAGGUUUAUUCCUCCCGCUAUAGUCACCAGUCAGUCCCCUUGGUCCUUCCCAGACGAGGUGGUGCUCCUCUGGCCCUUCCACCCCAGCUCAGGGCACAGCUACGGCUCGUCCUUUCACAGGGUCCUCUCAGGUUAUCAGAACUAGAGACCAGCUUUCGUCGAUGCUUUGGACACAUGCUGGCUGUUUAUGAUUUGGGGUUCUACUCUAUUGGAGAGAUGCUGGAAGCUGCUAAAGACCUAGUUAUGAUCCAACAGGGCAGAUUUGGCUCAAUUCUGACUUUGAGAGAGCAAAUGAUGCCCAAGCCAAUUAACUUACAGCAGAGCCACGAAGCAGUAACAACCACAAUGAAAGCAAACUCCUGUGGAAGUUCUGUCACUGAGCAGUCAACACAUGUCAGUUCUAAUAUGCAAUUGACAGACAAGAACAAAGAACCUGAAGCUCAGCUUUGCCAGGAAAGUCAACUUUUUCAGGAGAGAUUCGUAAAGCUGCAAGAGGAGUUUCGCCUGAAGAUUGUUGAGAAUGGAGUUGCUGGCACAAUUUGUCACAAGCUCAAAGAGAGACUGCAAAAGGUCAUCAGUCAAAGUAGCUGUGAAAUAUCAGUCCACAAUCUCCCCGGAGAAUAUAAGAGGGUUUGGGGUGAGGACUUACCACUGAAAGAGAAUGGCUUUGUCAGUGUCACUGAGCUGGUUGACUCCAUGAGUGACAUUUUUGACUUGCAACAAGUAGAGGAGGACGGCAUACACGACUGGAUAGUUAAAAACGUUCAGGACUCUGUCCCUUUACACUCAGAAGAUCCUGUUGCAAAGCAGACAGGUUUUCACCCUACUGAGUCUCUUUGGGAAUCUGGACUGAGUGAUGAUGGAGACAUCCAAUCAGAGGAUGAAGAUGAUGAACAAUUAACAGUGCAGCAUCUGGUGAAUCAAGAAUUGAUGUCUGAAUUGUGUCCAUCUAUUAGUGUGUACCAUGGCGCUGUGCCUCUGGAUGCUCUGCAGAGUCAAUGUCUUGAACGGCCAACGGUGCAUUCUGCUUUUGAGUUGUUACCAGUCAGGGUGGAACAAGUGGAAUCUCUAGAACUCUUCUACAUCUCCUUCAUUGGUAACAAGGAGGCCCUAACAUUUGAGAACAUGAAAGGAGAGAUGAGACAAUGUUACUCCUCCCCUGAUGUGUCAGAGCGCUACCGCCUCCCCAGGCAAUUUAUCCGACGAGGGCAAGUCUGCUGCACUUCAUCCAAAGAGAUGUUGUUUUCCCGAGGAGUGAUUCACAAGGUCAUCAGCCCUACCAGCGUUGAGGUGUACCAUGUGGACGUUGGCGUGGUCACCACUGUGCACACUGAUCACCUGAUGUUCCUUAAGUCAUGCUUCUCCAUUCUUCCAGCACAAGCUGUUCCAUCAUCACUUGCUGGAAUAAAACCAAAUUCUGGUGCCUGGAGCUCCCAGGCUCUUUCUUCAUUUGUCGAUCUUUGCAGUAAUCGUCCCCUAGUGGCCGCUCUUCUUUGCUACGUUGGAGAUGUGCUCCAGCUCUAUCUUUGUGAUACCCACACUGACGAGGAUAUCUACAUCCACCGUGUCCUCCUUAGCCAAGGCCAUGGGGAGGCCUGCAGCGACACUGGCAGUACAGCAGUGGGUGCCCAUAUCAGCCCUGUUAGUGUAUACUUGGGGGAGGGCACAUUUGACUUGCCAGAGGUGGUGGAGUUUCAAGACGAUGAAAUGCCAGCCUUAGAGUUAAUUGAAAACAAUAACACCAGAUAUUGCCAGACUCCUUCCCCACAUGCAGAAGAGAAGCCGGAGUUUAAUGGGGUGGAAUCAUCCACAGUUUUUCCUCUUCCUGUUCUGAAGACACAUGAGAAAAUCAAUGACAGCAUCUUUCAGGGUACAUAG